CUCUGGGACGCAUACAGGCACAAUGGGAACUUCUUCAGACAUCAUCACCCCUGUCAAUAGCAAUGGCAAGGAGGCCAUCCAGGCUCAGAGCGCGGAUGAGCUGCGUCUGGCGCAGAUGGGUCAUAAACAAGAGUUGAAACGUCACUUUUCCAUAUGGAGUCUCAUCGGCGUCGCUGCCAACUGCACUAUUUCGUGGACGGGUCUGGGACUCGGUCUUAUCACUGCCAUUAAUGCCGGUGGCCCUGGCGCUCUCAUCUACGGCUUCAUCCUCAUCUUCAUCCUCCAGUGUUUCCUUGGCGCGUCGCUGGCAGAAUUCGUCUCUGCAUACCCGACCAAUGGAGGAAUGUACCACUGGAUUGCAGCAAUCGCUCCCAAACGCUACAAUGCCUUCUUGAGUUUUGCCACGGGAUGGAGCACGGUGGUCGGCUGGAUCUUUACCACCGCAUCGACCAACCUUCUUUACGCCUCGAACUUCAUGGCCUUGAUUUGCCUGUACAAGACGCACAUCGUGCUUCAGCCCUGGAUGACCUUCGUCGCCUACGAAGUGCUCAAUCUGAUAACCGCCUCUGUCGUCAUGUUUGGAAACCGCUUUAUUCCCCUUAUCAAUAAGUUUUCCUUGGUCUAUCUGCAGCUGGGUUGGUUUGUGAUCAUGGUUACUGUUGCUGCAUGUGCCCCAAAGCAUCAGGAUAGCAAGUUCGUUUUCAGGACGUGGAUGAACCAGACUGGUUGGGAUAACAAUGUUAUUUGUUUCAUCACUGGCUUGGUCAACUCGCUAUACGCCGUCAGUGGCUUGGAUGGGGUUACGCAUGUCACGGAGGAAAUUCCUAACCCGGGGAAAAACGCGCCGAUUGCCCUAGGCUGCACACUUAUUAUUGCCUUCGUUACUGGGUUCACAUACCUGCUCAGCCUUAUGUUCUCCGUCCAGGACUACUCAACGCUGGCAAACACUUCUACCGGUCUCCCGCUGGCAGAAAUCUUCCGUCAGGCUACGCAAAGCACCGGCGGAGCCUUUGCUCUCAUAUUCAUUCUCUGGAUUGCCCUUUUCCCAUGCAUGAUUGGAUCUCAGCUGAGCACGGGAAGAGUGUUCUGGGCUUUCUCGAGAGAUGAAGGCCUCCCAUUAUCCAAACUUUGGGCCAAGGUGAACACUCGACUGGAGUCUCCGCUUAACGCACAGCUCUGCGUAUCCACAAUUGUUGCCCUUCUUGGCCUGAUCUAUCUUGGAUCCAGCACUGCUUUCAACGCCAUGAUGAGCUCUGCAGUGACAAUCAACAACGUCGCUUACCUCGUCCCAAUCCUCACCAACGUCCUCCUCGGUCGCAGAACCAUGCACCGCGGCCAAUUCUACAUGGGCGAUAUCACCGGCAUGGUUGUCAACAUCAUCGCCGUCGCCUGGCUAAUCUUUGCUAUCGUCUUCUUCUCCUUCCCUUACUACAUGCCUGUAACACCACAAAACAUGAACUACACUUGUGUCUGCGUCGGCGGAUUCCUGGUCAUCGCCAUGAUCUGGUGGGUUAUCGCCGGUAAGCGGUACACGGCGAACAUGCGACGAGUCAGAGAGGAAGAGCAGAAUGGCGCUCAUGUCACGGUAGUUGAGACUGGUGAGAAUAAAGCUUGAGUUUAGGGAGACUUCCUUGGACUGAGAGGAAGUCGGAAAUUGCACAUUGCAAAUAUCCUAGUGUAUCAUAUGGGUUGGAUGAAGGUAUAUUUUUUAUGAACAAUGGGGGUUAUUACAAUUGGGCCUGCUUCUGUCUGUCUUAGGGUUGUAUUUAUUGUUAUUGUUAUUGGCUUAUUACCUACUGGUCUACUACUAUAAUACUACAUAAACC